AUGCUGAGUCCGAGCCGUUUUUUGCGCGCGUCCCCGAGAGGCGGUGGUGUACUGGCACGGAGUCUCCUGGUGAGCCUCUGCGGGUUUCAUCUGUCACAGGGCGAAGCAUUGCUUCUUGAAAAAAGCUUUUCCGGCGCACUCCCUAGUCUAUCCAUUUUCGAGUCUCCGUUUCUCCUCGCUGACGCCCAAUCGGACGUUCCACUGAGAGUUGCAGCACCGGAUGAGAAGACUCUCACUGACCAGGAAAACAACACCAGUUCUGACGAGGAGGAGCACUUGCUGUCCCCCCUAGCUCUGGGCCGCUUCAGGAGGUCAUCCAAGUCAUCUAUAUAUCUUCGCGAUCGACCAGACGAAAGUGAAGAGUACGGUUGGAUUUACAGUUCCUCUCCCGGCCAGGAUUCCCGUCUACCACCACGUGCCGGCGAUCGGCAAACGGUGAACAGUGUACAUAUGUAUACGAAGCAGAAGGAAGAUCGCCAAGAUGGCAGCUCCAACACGGGGUUCCUCAGCGCACAGACCUUCUUGACCUCUUCGGAGCAGGAGUCCAACAUUGAUGCCGAGCCCAAAGAGUUGGAUUUACCUGAAGGUUCACAUGAAAGUGACAGCCUCGUCGUCGAGGGGGAAAAAGCACAAACUGCGAGACCGGGGGAGAGAAGAAGUCAUCGGCGUUCUCUGAAACGAAGGAUGAAGACAGCAUAUCAGAAGAUGUCCCAAUGGAGGUCAAAACGCUUUGGCAGGAGAAACAGAGAGUUUGACAUCGUCGUAGCGCUUUUGGGCACAGCACUGGUAGGAAUGGCUGCCCUGGUCGGACAUCAGGCUGCUGAGCUGCACCGUCUGAAACAAAGGGAAGACACUCUGGAAAGUCUGGUGGCGACGGCAGAUGAACUGGCGAAGCGGUUACGCGAUGGAACUUUGCCUUGGACCGCAAGUGAAGUGGAUCAACUGAGUGAGGGUUUAAUGAGACAAAGGCAGGCUUUCGUAGAGGGCCAGAAGGAGCUCGCCAGCCUAAACACACAUCAGCGACAAAUGGAGGAGCAAAUGCUUGCACUGAAGGCGCUUGUGGAGCAACUCAUCGACGAGCAACCUUUGCACCGGAAUGAAAUACGAGCAGAUAUGAAAAAUGUGUUUCUCACAAAUUCGAAAGAAUUUCAAGAAAGGAUGGGCGCACUGCUUUUCGAAGCAUCGAAAGUGAUCGACGACCUCUGUUCUGCAGCAGACUCACAAGGCCAGCAGUUGGCGGCAGACGCAAAGAACGCCGCAAACCACUCAGAAGCAGCGAUGCGCGCUGUCGAAAGACUCGAGUCUGAGAUGCAGGCAGCGGCCAAAUCCCGAGAGACUACUUCUUCUGAGAAGAUUGCGUGGAACCGUGUGGUCGAGCAGCUACAGGAACUGAAAGGUGAUAUGUCUGCUGUCAAAGAGCUCUUACCCCUGCAACAGCCACAACCAGGGAAGCACACGAGUGUCAGCAGGGCUACGCAGGCUUCAAACACGCAUGCCACUGCAAAACCCAAAGAGCCUUUGGUGAUGGUUACACCAGGUACGUGA